AUGGAGUUCUUAAACUCUUUGACUGUUAGCGGUUUGCCCCCUCAUUACCUCCGGCUUAAAAUUGGAUGUCCGAUAAUACUAUUGCGGAAUAUCGACCCCUCAAAUGGAUUGUGUAACGGCACGAGGUUGAUAUGUAGAGGUUUUCAGCAGAAUGCUAUCGAUGCAGAAAUAGCUGUUGGUCAACAUGCUGGUAAGAGAGUAUUUUUACCAAGAAUUCCUCUAUGUCCGUCUGAAGAUGAUAUGUUUCCCUUUAAAUUAAAGAGAAAACAAUUUCCUGUUCGACUUUGUUUUGCCAUGACAAUCAAUAAAGCUCAAGGACAGACAAUUCCGGUGGUAGGUGUUUAUCUACCGGAAUCGGUAUCCUCGCACGACCAACUUUACGUGGCAUUGUCCAGAGGGAUACCAUGUGGUAAUACGAAGGUAUUAGUGAAACCUGCCAAAAAGUUCAACCAGGAAGGAGUCUACACAUCAAAUGUAGUGUAUCAAGAAGUUUUGAAUGAUGAUUGUGUAUGA